ACCCUACUCCCAGAGGCUCAGGAUCCCGCCCCCUCCGUCCCCCGACCCCCUCCUAACGGCUUCCCAGUUCUGAGAUCUAGUCUGCGGACUCUUUUCCCUCCGCCCCGCCUCUGUCCCUCCCGGGGGUUUGUCCAGCUGCCUCCGGUCCGAACCCCGAGAACCCGGUGCGAGGUGGCCCGGCCCGAGAAUGGACAGGAAGGUGGCCCGGGAGUUCCGGCACAAGGUGGAUUUCCUGAUUGAAAAUGAUGCUGAGAAGGAUUAUCUGUAUGAUGUUCUACGUAUGUAUCAUGAGGCCAUGGAUGUCUCUGUGCUGGUGGGCGACCUGAAGUUGGUGAUCAACGAACCCAGUCGCCUGCCCCUGUUUGAUGCUGUCCGGCCCCUGAUCCCACUGAAGCACCAGGUGGAAUAUGACCAGCUGACACCCAGGCGUUCCAGGAAGCUAAAAGAAGUACGUUUAGACCGAACGCACCCUGAAGGUCUGGGCAUUAGUGUACGUGGGGGACUGGAAUUUGGCUGUGGCCUUUUCAUAUCCCAUCUCAUCAAAGGAGGACAAGCAGACAAUGUUGGGCUCCAGCUUGGUGAUGAGAUCGUCCGGAUUAAUGGAUACUCCAUAUCCUCCUGUACCCAUGAGGAAAUCAUCAACCUUAUCCGAACCAAGAAGACUGUAUCCAUCAAAGUGAGGCACAUUGGAAUGAUCCCUGUGAAAAACUCUCCCGAUGAGAAUCUCAAAUGGCAGUUUGUGGACCAAUUUGUGGCAGAAUCAGGGGGUGGGAGGGGUGUUGUGCCCGCUCUUGGGAGUCGAGAAAACAGAGAAAAGAAAAUCUUCAUCAGCCUGGUUGGUUCUCGAGGCUUGGGAUGCAGCAUUUCAAGUGGUCCCACCCAGAAGCCAGGCAUUUUUAUCAGCAACGUGAAGCCAGGCUCCCUCUCUGCAGAGGUUGGACUAGAGACAGGAGAUCAGAUUGUCGAAGUAAAUGGCAUUGACUUCACCAACAUGGAUCACAAAGAGGCAGUGAACGUGCUAAAAAGUAGUCGAAGCCUGACCAUCUCCAUUGUAGCUGGAGCUGGCCGGGAGCUCUUCAUGACAGAGCGGGAACGACAGGCAGAAGUGCGGCAGCGGGAGCUGGAUCGGCAAGAGCUGAUGCUGCAGAAGCGUUUGGCAAUGGAGUCCAAUAAAAUCCUCCAAGAGCAGCAGGAGAAAGAGAGACAGAGGAAGAAGGAAAUUGCUCAGAAGGCUGCAGAAGAGAACGAGAGAUAUCGGAAAGAGAUAGAGCAGAUCACAGAAGAUGAAGAAAGGUUCAAGAAGCAAUGGGAAGAAGAAUGGGGCUCGAAGGGCCAGCUGCUAAUGCCCAAAACCAUCACAGCUGAGGUGCACCCGCCACCGCCACGCAAGCCAAAAUCUUUUGGGUGGUUUUAUCGGUACGAAGGCAAAUUUCCAACCAUCAGAAAGAAAGGGAAAGAUAAGAAGAAAUCUAAGCAUGACAGCCUUCAGGAGCUGAGGAAGCACAAGAAGGAAAUUGAAUUUGAGCAAAAACUUUAUAAGGAGAAGGAAGAGAUGCUGGAAAAGGAAAAACAACUGAAGAUCAACCGACUAGCCCAGGAGGUGUCGGAGACUGAGCGAGAAGAUCUAGAAGAAUCGGAAAAGAUUCAGUACUGGGUGGAAAGGCUAUGUCAGACCCGCCUAGAGCAGAUCUCUUCUGCGGAGAAUGAGCUCGCGGAGAUGACCACCAGCCCCCCAACUUCCGUGACUCUCCUGGCCCCACCCCUGCGACGCUUCGCCGGUGGCCUGCACCUCCAUACCACCGAUCUUGAUGACAUUCCUCUGGAUAUGUUCUAUUACCCUCCCAAGCGCCCGGCCCCUCUACCACCGCCUUCUGCGCUGCCCGUGAUGCCCCACCCCCCAACCCCUAACCCUCCCCCCAAGAUCUCUGCACCCCCUGUCAUUGUACCAGCUGGUCAGGGGUCCUCAUCUUCCACUUGGGUCCGGCGCCCACCACCCCCACUCCCUCCUCCUCCAUCAGUUCCCACUCUGGACCUCAACCUAUCCCGCUCACUCCCUUCUGCCUUGGAAGAAGCCUUAGUAAACCAUGGUCUCCACUCUGGAGAUUCCACUGAACCUGUGGAAGACUGGGAACUAAAAAACUAUACUGGGAAGCCUGUGAGCUCCCCUCUCCCUGAACGGAGCUUCCCUCCAACUCCAAAGCUACUUUGUCCGAGUCCGAUGCCCCCGCGAGGUCCCGGUGUGUCCACCAUCUCCAAACCCGUCAUGAUUCCUUAUGACUUCAACUUCGUUGGCAGGCCAGUGGUCAGAUCCGAGGUUUUGCCACAAGAGAUGCUGAAAAGGAUGGUGGUUUACCAGUCACCGUUCAGAAAAGAUUUCAGGAAAUAUGAGGAAGAUUUUAACCCUUAUUCUAUGUUCCUCCCAGAACAAAUCAUGGGGAAAGAUGUCCGGCUUUUACGGAUUAAAAAGGAAGGCUCCUUAGAUCUGGCAGUCGAAGGUGGUGUCGAUUCCCCAAUUGGGAAAAUCGUGGUUUCUGCCGUUUAUGAAGACGGGGCUGCUGACCGUCAUGGUGGAAUUGUGAAAGGUGAUGAAAUCAUGGCAAUUAAUGGUAGGAUCGUGAUGGACUUCACCUUGGCAGAGGCCCAGGCAACCCUACAGAAGGCCUGGAACCAGGGCGGGGACUGGAUUGAUCUGGUCAUUGCAGUAUCCCCACCUAAGGAGUAUGAUGAUGAACUUUCUUCUCUUCCCUCCUCUGCAGACAGCAGCCCCCAGCCACUCAGAAAGAGCCUUGAAGGCAGCGCCCCUGUGCACAGACAUGGGUUUCUCCUGCAGCUGUAGCCCCCGCAGCAUUCCCUCAUGGUGAAUAGACAGUCUUUCCAAGGCUGGUCAUUCUGCUGCCGACCUGUCAUCUUGCACAGGUCGGCAGAGUGUUCUUUGGACUGCUGCCUGAGUCACCAGAUGCUUUCAGUACUGCUGGACAUCAUCUCUCAAAUGUGCCACUGAGGCAGAUGUUUGGCCGGAGAGAGGUCCCUGCUUUGUAAGCUACAGUAAUUGAGACAAUGGCACGAUUUUGUCAGUCGAUGCCAUGGGCUACGGACCCGGGAGGAGGUCCCAACCUAAGCCUGUCUUCCAACUCAUGGCCAACCCCAUGCUUUUCUCUGCCAUGUGGCCCUGCUCUGAGCUGGAAUCACAGCCUGGAAUUCUGGUCUUGGCUCUUCUGUUCCAUGUUGGGUACAAAGAGUGCCACAAAACAGGACAAAGGCAUAAUUGGCGCUGCGCAGGAAAAUGCUGAGUGUAAUUCUCCCCAAUUAAAAAUGUAAAAUAUGUAUCUCUUGUCAGAUCCUGAUAUGACUGACAGAUAGAAAAUGUCCUGUCCUCGAUUUGGGAGCCCAAUCAAUCAAUCAACACAUAUUUAUUAAACACCUGCUAUGUGCCAAGUCCUGGUGAUAAAAAUACAAAGGCAAUGAUCUUUACUCUGAGGGAGCCUCUAUUCUAAGCACCCUGUCUCCAUUCUGGUCAACAAAUUCCAGUCAGAGCUGGAUCAAAUUUGAGAGUUUUUCAAGGCUGGUCCAAAGAACUGGAACUAGCGUUCCUUACAUACUUUCCUGCCUUGGAUCAUAUGAAAAAUAUUUUUUUCUUGUUUCUUCUCCCUCCAUUCCUGCUCCUGUGCCAGGAGACCCAUCUGAGAUCUGUAGAGUGUGACUUUUGUGUCCCCCACCCCAUGUCAGGAGGUUCCCAUGGGCAGAACCAGCAACUAGAUGGUUAUGUCACCAGUAUGGUGUAGCCUGAAGCCUAGAAUCUGGGAACAAGCAAUAACUUGACCCCGAGCUGAUGCUGCUUGAAAAAUUUGGCCAGUUUAGCUUGUCAUUACCACUUUAGAAAACGUUCAGACUAUAUGUUCCCAACUGUUUUUGCUCUGACACUCUGGUGGCCUCUGGGGGCCUCCCUCUGUCCUGGGGAGUGGGUCUGGCCUUAAAUUUUCUGUCACUUGUAAUCUCUGGUUUCCCAAAGGGUUUUCUUGGCUUGUUGUCUAUCCCCCCUCCCUCUUCUCCUUCCUGAUCUCACAAGAAAAAUAACUCUCCUCAUCCCUUGCAGCCCUGUGGGCCAGAGCCCAAGUUGGCUAGUGUGCCCACAGGCAGAGGAGAGAGAGAGAGAGAGGCUUUCUGCUAAAGACAUGCAUGAGUUUUGGGUGAUUGGGAGUCAUACUUUGUCUGGAGGCUGGCGUCACCUUUCUCCCUUCCUUUGUA